AUGGCUGUCGCCAAGAGCGGCGAGUAUCAUCUCGACAUGAACGCGUCCUGGGAUAAGUACGUCGAGCGGUUGGAAAUGUUCUGCGUCGCUAACAAGAUAACAAUGCACGAGCAGAAGCGUGCGGUUCUGCUGAGCUGUUGGGGCGAAGCAACGUACAGGCUCAUCGUAACCCAGGUGAAGCCAGUAAGACCGACCACAGCAAGCUACGUCGAAAUCACGACGGUGCUUCGCAAGCACUGGCAUCCGAGGCCUUCGGAGCUGUACGCAAGGUUUUUGUUCUGCAGAAGAAACCAGGCGGCUGAAAAAUCGGUGGCAGACUACGUUACUGUUCUACAAAAGCUGGCCGAAGACUGCGGUUUUGGUGACAAGCAGUUACCGCUGGAAGCCAUGAUGCGGGAUCGUUUUUCAUGCGGCAUCAAGAACGAAGCAGUCCAGCAGCGGCUUCUCGCAGAGCACAACCUUACGUUCCAGGUGGCGUACGACAUGGCCCUGACAGCAGAAGCUACGGCAAAACAGCAGCGAGCCAUACGCAACCAGGGACGAGACGAGACAAAAGACAGCCAGGGGCUAAUACAAGCAACUCGCACGAAACAAGGCAACGCGGCGGAAGAUUCCAGAUGCCACCGGUGCAACGUUCACAUCGAACUGAAAGACGACGCCAAACCGGCGUUCCUCAAGAGUCUUCCAGUUCCACUAGCACUGAAAGACAACGUGGGCAAAGAGGGGACCGCUUGGUGCAGCAAGAAGUCUGGGAAACAGUCGAGAACUCCAACUGGGCAACGCCGCUGGUAG